GCCAAGGUUGAUGAAUGCAGUUUUCAGAACAUGGGAAUUCACUUGGGUCCCCUACGUAGUGUCCGUGAUAAUCAGCAACCCAUCUACGUACCCUGGUUGAUGCUGCAGACCAAGGAGGAGUGUCGCAACCACCGCACGAGAAGACAAAAGCCACUAACCCUCAAAAGCUUUCUGCUCCUAUCUAUGAGUCAUAAUCCUCCGUGGAGCAUCUGACGAAGGCAAAGUCUUGGUUAUACGCAGUUGGGCCCAGUCAUGAGCUACCUCUAACGCUCAAUGCCCUAAGGGUUCGGUCAUGGUCAUGAAAAGCGCCCGCCUAUCUCGCUCUAUGCUGAAAUGGCUUCCACUGCGGUUUUCAGUACGGCUUCCAGUAGCGGGCAAGUCCUUCCCACGGACUAUCAACACCGGCGCACGCUUGAGGCGACCGAGCUCUCAUCCUGAUGGGAAUUCGUUUGAUAUCAGCGGAUCCAACGGUGCUGUCAUAUCUGAAAUGGCGACCACACACCUUCCCUACUCGGAUGCCCCAGUACCAGGCAAACACGUUCACGACGUGAGCAAAAAAUACGACAUCAGCUUUCCCAAAAACUUGAGAAAGUUGGGAGUCAAACUUCUGGGGAACUAUCCGGCGCUCAGUAUACAGUUUAGCCAGCACCAUUGCUUCGACAACAACUCGAUGCGAUGGCUCGACCGCAAUGUCCACCCCGCUGCUCAGACGGUGCUGGACCGCUAUAUUGCCCAGAAAAAGAUACCUCUGUGGUACCGGGCUAUUUCUGCCCAUGGGGCCAGUCCUCUUGUAUCGUCAGAGGCGAAACGACGCAUCAAACAAGCAUUGCGACUAGCACUUGGGGUCCACGGAUACGAUCCUGACGGGAGAAGGAUUGUGCCAGAUGGGGAGGAGAGUGCCAUCAAGGACCUCUACGGCACGCUGAAGAUCACAUGCCAUAAAUCCCAGGACCUCUGUAAGAUGGAGUUUGCGAAUUUGCUAAAGUUGGUGAAGCCUAUCGUCACUGCUGCCGAGCUAGAAAUGAGGCGAGAUCAUGAUGACAAUCAUAUCACGUCAGGAUCUGGGGUUGCCAAACAUCGAGCGCGAGAGCUAUAUCCAUUACGAGAGCCUCGGAAACUGGGAGAGCCAACUCAAUGGCGAGGGCCACGGAAAUCACUAGAUCUUUGGAGACCUGAAGAGGCAAGGAAAUCUCUAGAGCCACAAAAACCUUACAAGCCUCGGAAAGCAGCAUACGGCUCCCACGAGGUAUCUUCCUUUCAACAGCCAAUUUGACGGCUUGUGGGUUUAUAAGUGAUAUAUAAUAUUGUAUGUUAGCUGUACAUUAUACUCUCGACUAGUGAGCCAAGUUUACAAAUACCCGGAGAAUGACAUUUGAAAUUUUGCGAAUGAAAACUAAAGUACGACG